GUGGAGGGGAGGUGUGGAUGUUAAGUAAGUAUGUAUAGGGCGUGUAAGGAAGUUAGAAACGUAAAGGGAAAAGCUCAGGAGCGGAGUGGAACAGACACUUAUUACUGCUUUAAAAAUGCCUCCAAUGAAAGUCUGCAUCGUCGGAUCUGGAAACUGGGGUUCCUCCAUUGCCAAAAUCAUUGGGCACAAUGUCAAAGGAUCCAACCGCUUCAACCCAAUAGUGAACAUGUGGGUUUAUGAGGAAAUGAUCGAUGGCAGAAAGCUGACAGAGAUCAUCAACACAGAGCAUGAAAAUGUCAAAUAUCUACCUGGUCACAAGCUUCCCAAGAAUGUGGUGGCUGUUCCAGACAUCACAGAAGCGGUGAAAGGAGCAAAGAUCCUCAUCUUUGUCAUUCCGCACCAGUUCAUCAGCAAACUGUGUGAUCAGAUGAAGCCUCACAUCACUGAGGGAACCAUUGGGAUAUCACUCAUUAAAGGCAUUGAUGAAGGCCCAGACGGACUGAAGCUCAUCUCUGACAUCAUUCGAGAGAAGCUGGAGAUUGAGGUCAGCGUGUUGAUGGGAGCCAACAUUGCAAGUGAGGUGGCAGAUGAGAAGUUCUGUGAAACCACCAUCGGUUCCAAAAAUGAGGGCAAUGGUCAAAUCUUCAAGGAGCUGCUUCAGACCCCUAACUUUCGCAUUACUGUCGUACAAGAGAGCGACACUGUGGAACUGUGUGGAGCACUAAAGAAUAUUGUUGCAGUAGGAGCUGGAUUCUGCGACGGCCUGGGCUUUGGAGACAACACUAAGGCAGCGGUGAUCAGGCUCGGUCUGAUGGAAAUGGUCGCAUUUGCAAAGUUGUUCUGCAAAGGCGAAGUGAGUUCCACCACGUUCCUGGAGAGCUGCGGUGUGGCCGACCUCAUCACCACCUGCUACGGAGGACGCAACCGAAAAGUAGCAGAAGCCUUUGUCAGAACAAAAAAGUCUAUUGCUGAGCUCGAAGCUGAGAUGCUCAAUGGCCAAAAGCUGCAGGGUCCCCAGACCUCAGCGGAGGUCUACAGGAUCCUACAGAAGAAGGACAUGAUCGACAAGUUCCCUUUGUUCGUCGCCGUCUACUUGAUCUGCUUUGAGGGCAAGGAAGUCCAAGAGUUCAUCACUUGUCUUCAGAACCACCCAGAACACAUGUAACUGUUUGCGGCUGCUCCUGUAAUAACAGUUUACUACCACUAGAGGGGGACAGAGGUCUAAAAGAGGGAAACGCACAAUCUAACAACAGAGCUACAGCACUUUUACAUAAAAUCAUUUAUUACUUGUAACAUUUCUUCAUAGAGUCAUAUUUUCCUACCUUUUAAACUCAACUAUUUGGUGCUUUAUGCUGUCACAAAAAAAUAUAUAUUAAUUUUUAAGCAUUAUGUGCAGUAAAUCAGGUGAUAAGUAAGCUACAUAUUGCGAGAUAUUGCUUUCAUGUUCCCUAUAAAGGCAGCAGUAUCUGAGGUAACCUUCACUACAUGGCAGGGUUUACAUUUUUUCCUAUUGUAUAUGGAAUGGUUUCCUUAAAAAAUAAAUUUUAAAAAAGUUAAAAGUGUCUCCUUUUCUGAAGAAUCAAGGGUGAAGAUGGUGUGUGUCCUUAAACUUCCCCGAGACCAAAGGGGUUGGUGCAAUCGCGGGUCAUGAUCAAUGAAAAGCGAAUAAGGUAUAAUGUCCUCCUGUGAUUGAGUUGUGUGUCAGAUCCCACAGUCGGUGUGUGACGGCUCAAACAGAUUCCCACGAGGGCUGCUGUAACUCGGUAUGAAAAACCGGAUUAAAGGAACAAACGGCGUCCUUGUCCCUCCAUCUCAAACUGCGUUACAGGUCAGACUGGUGAAACCUCUGAUUCUGUCCCUCUGUCUGUCUCCAUCUGCCUCCCAUCCCUGGCCUUUCACUGAACUCCACUCGAAUAGAUGCAACUUUUAUUAGCAUGACUGUACUUGCACAAAAUCCAGUAUUAAACAUAAGUGAUACUGUUGUGUGCAUUGAACUAGAGUGCAGGCUGAAACGAAUUAAAUUAAAUCAUGAUUACAGUAACAUAAGACAAAAAACACAGUUACACAAAGGCACUAGUGUGGACGCAAAUGAAAACUGGUGUAAGAUAAAUUAACUUUUUACAGUGUUGACAGUCUUUUAGUGAUUAACCAAAAACUGCAUACGCUAUUUAUCUCAUGAAUUAUUUAGUGCACAAUCCUUUAGAUUUAUACACUGAGAAUAUAUUUGUACAAGUGGAGGUAAGUCACAUGUCCAAGCAACACAAUGCAAAAAUCUAAAUCUUACCAAGUGUAUUUUUCUCAUUUCUAGUCAAAAUAUCACACUUAAAAUAAGACAUAAUUACCUAAAGGGUAACUUGUAAGUGAGACAGAAGAGCUUAUUUUCAGACAAAAGAUCUUGAAAAUCUUAUUUCAAGAAAUCUUACCAAGACAAUUUUCACUUGUUCCAUUGGCUGAUUUUUUUUUGCUGGAAUUAAGCAAAAAAAAUCCUGAAACAAGUAAAAAGAAAUCAGCCAAUGCAACAAGUGAACCACAACCAAUAGCUUUUAAUCUGUUCAGCAAAAACCAUGUUGUCUCUAAAUGUGUCAGUUUUGAAUUUUUGUGAUAAAUUAUUCAGUGACAUGUUUGCUCAUGAUUUGUCAAGUCUGCUACAUGUCAUGUUGAGUCAUGCGACGACUUUGAGUAAGUCAAGUCGAGUAAAUAUUAACAUAAGUCAGAUUGGUCAGGUGAAUACCAAGCACAAGUCAAGGCUGUUAUCAUUGUUCUUCAAGUAAGUCUCAUAUCUGAAAAAUUAACAUAACAUAAAGUAUAAAUGUUGCUUCACAUUUAUUAAGACUGGGACUAAUCCACAAACUGCUUUAACUCAUAUAUAUCUUUGUUACUCAGAUCUUUGUCUUAGUAAACAUCCAAGACUGUCUAGACACAGUCUGGAAGCAUUUUUUUCUGUAGAUUGUACAGCUUUUGUGUGUUUUUAUCCACCAAAUCCCUAAAUUUAAUAGCAUGUGAGUCUAUAAUAUUAUUACAUUAUUAUUUUGUAUUGUAGCUCUUAUUGCAAUUUGUGUCUUUGUCAGAUUGUUCUCUUGAUUUAUUAUCUGUCUGUAAGUAUGGGAACAUCAAAAGAUACUCUUACAUAUGUCUCUAACUAAGUCAGGCACUGGCUCUGAACCGGCCCUGGAACCUGUUUCAUGGAAAAGGGAUAUAAAUGUCACCACUGUAAAUUGGAAAAUCUUUGUAAUCAGAAUCAAGAGAUUAUCAAAGUUCACUGGACAAAACAAGACAAAUUGAAUAAUACUUUAUAUUCUGAUGUCUCAUGCUUUCAAAGUGGGAAUGCUUUGUUCAGAUUUAAUUAAAUGGUGCAAUGUUUCUGUAGCA